UUUCUUCACAGCAAUGCAAGAGGCUUACAUGACACAGUUUACACAGUGCUACGUUGACAGCACAGAAGAAACGUUACUAAGAAAAUUCUGCAACUCUGAUUUUGUUCUGAAGUUGAAGAUAAAAACGAUUCGUGACUCCAAAGAUGGUAAAAAGUACAUCGGCGAUACCAACCCUGAAAAACUCGACAUCCUUAAGCAAGGUUCCCUCAAGUCGAAAGAUCUUCAAAAGCUUAUCUUCUACGUCCGCGAGGGCGCCAACUGCCAAUGUGACAUGCUAGAACGCAGUGGGAACUACCUUCUCGUCAUGGGCGUCAGGGACAGCAGAAAGAACCGGAAGUUGUUCAUGACCUUCGUCCACAGCUGGGUGAAGACGCGCGACUUCCGGCGCGCGAUCAAGGGGUUUGAAGACCCGGGCAUGUGCGAGAGCCUGGAGACGGCGACGGAGGGUCGACCGGAGGAGGUCGCCCCACAGGACACAGAGCCGCAGGAAAUUACCCCUUCCGAUGAUGCUAUGCUGGUUGGUCAGACCAAUACUCCGGUCAACGAUGGCGUACCUACAACACACCAGAUCAUGGCGGAUGAGACGCCCUCUCCGGCCAAGACCAACACGAGGCGGGAGAGGAAACAAAGGAGACGCCCUCGCGAUCGUCAACGGAAAAACCGCGACAGGGAAAACCGGGAAAUACCUGUUAGGAGAGCUCGGUCUAAAUGGGAUUAAAGGUCAAAGGUCACAUCCUGAACAUUUGUGGACUCUGUUAGGUCCGUCCUUUCAAAGAUAAUGUGUACCCUUCUAUCAUGAAAACGAGGAAUGGAGCGUGAACGAAACUAAAGAAUAUUGAUCUUGAACCAUUGGGUGUGCAUGGGCACAUUUUUAUUCAGUCCCAUACUAUACCAGUCUACAUCCCUUUUAUAUCUAGGCAAAAUUAAAUGUUCAUCUGUUACACGUCCUACAAAUCUUAGCCACUUCACAGCUCUCUUAGACAAAUGUGAAGUGUUUAUAAAUUCCAUUUAAGUGAUCUAAGUGAUGAUUCAUCAUUGUGUAUCAUACGAAUAGACGGUACGACUUCGUUAGGUAUUGUGUGUGAAAAAAAGGUAAAAAAUUAACUUGGUUAUUGUGUGCUAUGCUUAUAGGUGUUGUAACGAGUACACACAAAACUAAUGAACAUGAUCAACGCUCUUUGUUCAUGUAUAUCGUUCCAUCAAGUAACGUUUUAAAGAGGCUUAUGAAAUUUGUGGACCUCUUGUCAGUUUCUUGGUACCUUUUGAAGAAUUGUUACACUGUUAAAAUAAUGGCGAGACUUGUCGACAAGCAUUAUUUAUUGCUAUGUCAGAUUAAGCUCAGACAAUCUCGCAGUUAAUGUAAAACUGUUCCUUUGUAAUAAUACACUUGAUAUGAUAUUUGCUGGUCUAUUCUACCAUAUUAUCUGGGGUUUUUUGGUGAAUAAACAACACGUAGUAUAGAUCACAAAAAAAUCUAACAGUUUCAAAAUGGAAAUUGGAUAAUCGUUACCCGAUAAAUAUGUCGUUUCCUCUUCACCAAGUAAGCAUCAAAGGAUCAAACGGCACACGAGCAUAAUAACAUAAUACUCGUGAGUUGUAGGGCCACUAAACAGUGUCCACUUGCGAGGAACACGAAUUUGUAUGAAGCCCGUAGACCCGGGAUCGUGUUCACGGAAUAUCGGGCGUUUUGGUCUUGAGCCUCGUAUGUAGCUGUAAGACCGUUGGGAAGUUUGACUCGUGGUGUGCCGAAUGACUCGUGGGCCGAACGACACUUGGACUGCAUAACUCGUAGGCUAUUUAGGUCGUGGAGAGUGAGACUUCUACAAAGAAAGAUCCUUAGCUGUUUGACUCGGGUCUUGCUCGUGGAUUCCUACUUCGCGAGUUGAACAACUCGUGGUUCACUCGUGGACUGCCUUACUCGUGGGCGUCUAGUUCGUGAAUCGUGUGACUCGUGAACUGAACGAAUUUUUUGCUGAAUGGUUCUUGGACUACAAUCAUGAAUCAGAGGCUCGUUGAGAAUAGGACCUCAAGAUUGUGAGUCUAUGAGCUUCAUGAAUUUUUUUUUGCUCGUGGGUCGCUAACUCAUAAGCUAUGUGACUCGUGGACUGUAUGACUUGCGGGUGUGUUAAUCGUCUAAAAGUAGUGAGGUUCAGGUAUUUGGUGGUAUAUUUGCCGCCCAGAAACACGCACUCCGACUUGUCGCCUGUAGUGCCUCAACCAAAUGUCCAAGACUUGUGACCAAAAUAAUGAUCGAAUUUUUUUCACAAUGGCCACACAGUCAUAAGUGUUUUAGUAUAAUAUUGCUCUAUCUUCGCAUACAAGUAACUUCAGAUAUGGACAUUAUUCGUUCAAUCAGUGGAAUACAAAUUUUCAACGAUUUGUGUUUUCAAUUUUUUUUCUCGAUGGUUUUGUUUACAUUUAUUCAUGUACGAACGUUAACAAACAAAUAAUUCUCACCUAUAGUUUGUCGAUCUUUAAACAUGCUGAACUAGCUAUAAACUAGAGAAAAUAUUGUACUCGUGUCUUUAAAACAAAGUUCAUUGUAUUAGAAGUGGCAAACUUGUGUAUGUAUCUUUAUGCUUUUAUUAUUGUAUAUAUAAAUAAAAUGGCCGCCGUGAUUUCAGCGUAAAACUAUUAUGCAAAUAAAUGUGCAGUUUGACUGCGCGCCUUGGUUAGUGCGUUAUGUUUGUAUUGUUAUUAAAUGUUUUGAUACAUAACGUUGUUUUUCCCUGGACCAAAAUGACAUUUAAAUGAUUAUUUGAAUUCCAACGAUCCGGUUUGAUUAAUUAGGGUGAUGUUUUCUUACAAAGAUCUAAAAAGACAUAGGAGUUGUUUACAGUCGUGUUUAAGUGCCAGCGCGCAGAUGUUAUAUAACGCGCAAUCUCAUUGGUUGGUGUGCGGUAGCGCGCGUCCUCUUUGAAUUAUUCUGACCAAUGCGAUGAUGCGUUAUGUGCGGCAUGCAACGGAGAAUUAAGUUGCGAUUUAUUGCCACAUUUCAUUCUUUGUGAAACACCGUAAGGAUACUGUUCCAAAAAAUCUCGUAAUCAAUGUCAAGUUAUAAGCUAAGUAACAAUGCACCUCAGGGGCCCGUUGCAGAAAGAGUUGCAAUCAAUCGCAACUCUAAAAAUCAUGCGCAACUUGAUUUUCAACCAAUCAACAGCGCGCAUUUGGGACUUGCGAUUGAUUUUCUGACUUGCGUUUAAAAGCAACUCUUUCUGCAACGGACCCCUGCUUGGGUAAUCCAUCAGUUACACAUGUGAAACCGACUCCAAAGCUAUUACUUGUAUUUCCAAUCACAUACCAUUUUCGAAAUGGGGUCGGUUUGAUUGGUGUUACUGUAGCAUAAAAUAUAGUUUUGCAUGUUCUAUAAAUAGCUACAUUAUUCAAACAACAUAAACAGGCUCAAAUAGUCGAUAUCGACGGAGGAGCCCUAUUUAAACAUCCAUCCAUCCAACAUAAACUUCAAUAUCCGCCAUUUUGAAGACUGUGUAUUGUAUUCUCUAAGUGUACUUUGUAGUAAUGGUUUGUUCUUGCGCACAAAUAAAGAUUUCAAUGUAACAUACAAUGAUGGAGGUUUUUCUAACAUCAAAAUAAUGACACAUUAAAAAAAAAAAAAUUCAAAGUAGGUGCUACUCUGUUAAUGUUAUUUUGUUUGGACGCGCAUGCCUUCAAAUUCUGUUUUUUGGGAAAUAAAUGAAUUUCAUGCGUCCGUGGCUUUGAGUGUUCAAAUAGACGGUUGGUUUGCAUAUAGAAAUUGGUUCUUAAUCUAUUCCUUCACUCAUAUAUUCAAUGGUGGAAUUUCAUGGAUGAUCAUUGAAAGCGAUUUGAAUGGAAGGUUUUUAAGGAUUGUGGCUCGCUGGAUUUGCCUCUGGACUUUGAAUCGCAAGGUUUGGGGUUCAAAUCCAACCGCAGCACCUACGUCGUUUGGCAAGGCGUUUAUCUACAUUUGCCACUCUCCAUUCAGGUGUAGUAAAUGGGUACCCGGUAGGAAGAAAUUCCUUGAAUGCUCAAUGCGCCUGAUUAGGAUAGCCGUGCUAAAGCCGGGGUAAUAGUAUCUAGCGCUUAGAAACAUUUGUAUUAAGUGCUACAUUACACAUUAUUAUCACAAUUGAUUUUAAAAUAUUCAUGUAGGCUAUGGCAAGCGGGAAAUGACUCCAAUACAUAAACCAAAGGCUUAGUUUACUAUUUUCUGUAGAUAUAUAAACCCUGAAUAAUUAUAGCGAAAAUAUGGCUAAUUGCGCUAUAUCGACAUUUUUUCUUGAUUCGUUUCUUUUUUCUACCGUUACAUUUUUUUCCCCGGGGGCAGGGGUCUUUAAUUUCUAGCUGCGAUAUUGCGUGUUUUGUUUAGGAUACAUAGAUGUAAAUAGUUACACUUAUUAUACCUAAUAAAAUAAUCAUAAAAUAA